AGCCGGCACAUCCCCUCUCCAUUCCAAUGAACUUUCCCAACCACUCCAACAAUAACGCAGGCACCCCCAACAACUCCUUUGCGGGCACUAUCGACCCGGGCCUCCUUCAGAUGACCAUGGGUCGCAUGGACAUGUCCCAGCUCCAAAACAUGAGCUCGCUCUUCCCGCCUACCUCGGGCACCUCGCUUUCGAACAACCAGGCUCUCCUCGGACGUGGCGGUCUCGGUGGGUCCUUUACGAACCCGACUAUCAAGCAAGAGGCCGCGUCCCCAGACUAUCUGGCAUCAGAGAUGGAUUUUGGCGAAGCAGGCAACAUGCUCUCACCAGGGUCUACCUCCCCACUGAACUCGCCCCUGAACGACUUUGACAGCCCGGACGAUUUCUCGACACCGAACACGACGAAUGCAGGCCCGACGGGCUCGUUUGCCAAGCCAGCACCCCUCAACAUCCACCAGGGAUCCUUUGGUGAAUCGCCGGGUACGGGUUCGUUGUACUCUCCUGGAAUGGAAUCAGACUUUUUCCCGGAGGGCGACUUUAGCCUGCCCAAGAGCACUCGCCCCCUGGACAUGAAGUUUGGUCGUCCGAUGCACCCGAACUCUCUUCCCGCCAACCCGUUCCAUAGCAUGUCCAUGCCUGUGCAGCGGUCAGACUGGUUUGGUGGCGCUAACGGCACAGAUGGCCACUCUGUCGGAUCUUAUGAGAAUCCUUCUGGACUCCAGUUUGCACCGGGCGAGAUGAACAUGAUGGAUAGUCUCUUUGAGGAUGGCAGCGACCCAAAGGGCAAUAACCGUGCCUUGCUCUUGACGGAAAAGAGACGACGCCGUCGUGAGAGUCAUAAUGCUGUCGAGAGACGCCGACGCGACAACAUCAACGAAAAAAUCCAAGAGCUUUCAACGCUGUUGCCGGAUUGCUAUAUCGAUACAACCAACAAGCCGAACAAGGGUGCGAUCCUUCGAAAGUCGGUGGACUAUAUCCGCCAUUUGCAGCAGUUGGUUGCUUCUCAGACAAACAGAAACCAGGAAUUGGAGGCACAGCUCCAGGGCAAGGCCUUGUCGAAUGGGUCAAUAUCCUCUUUCAGCGGCAACAUGGAGAUGAACGGGGUGAAUGGAGCGAAUGGACCCAACGGCAGUUAAGCAAGUAAAGCAGAUCAGCAAGUCAGCAAGGCAGCAAGUACACACAGAGUAAGCGCCCGGCUGCAACCAUUGUAUCAUAUCGUUUAUUGUAAUAAAACCGCUUGUCAUCCAUGUUUUCUGCACGGUGUUACGGAGGAGACAGCAGGCACAGGGAUGGAACGAUGGUGUGCGUGUG